GUUUUACAGACUUACGCAUUACUUCCCUUGAUCCUUAUUAUUUAGGCUCAGUGUUGAUAACAUUAUAAUGGGUAUUUAGCAAAUAGUUCGACCAAUUAUGGACAAAUUUCUUGUUAAAAGUCGUGUCAAGUCCAUAACUAAUAAUGACACAAGCCCUAGAAAUAAACAACUUCGGCAGACUACAAUAGAAUCUCUGCAGGGUGUAGUUGUCAUAGAAGAUAUUAUGCGACAUAAAAGUAAGCUGCAGUUACCAAACCAGUCCAAGGAUGUCAUCAUCGAGAGUCUAAAAGAACUGAGUAAGAAGAUACCUCCAAGGAAUGUGAUGCUUGAUACAAACAUAGGUAAAAUUGUGAAUAAAUAUAGAAAACACACUGAUAACGAAAUCUCAACAUUAGCCAGGCGAGUUUAUGUCAAGUGGAAAAAUCAUUUCCAAGACCAUCUUGACCGACCGAAGAUUGAGGUCAAAUGUGAUGCAAAAACAGAAAAAAUGAGAGCUGCAGGAAAGCGUUUUUUGUCAGAUGCUUUGUCCCUUGAGCUGACACAUCCUCUCCCUGAUGCCAUUGAGAGAGAAACAUUCUACUCCUGCAAACGACUCAUUAACUCCACCUACAGAAAGACAAUGAGGACUCUGGUCUUCACUUUAAGGCACACUGCAGACGUGAAAAAAUCUGUUCUAAACUCAGAACUAAGUGUGGAAGACUUCGUUAAGAAGUACAAGAAGUGAUGCAUGUUUCAAGGGAUAUAGAACCAGUUUUUAACUUUCUACUCGAAGUAUGAAUGAAAUGAGAAAAAGUGAUUUUAAAACUAUUUGACGUUAUUCGUACAGGAAAUUAAAUAUGUUUUUAUACUUUUAUAUUUAUGUGUAUAUAUAAUUUCUCUUUUUAGUGAAAGCUAUGAUAUAAUUAGUGUUUUUUUGUGUACGAUUAAUGAAUUUCCUGUUGCACUCCGAUUUUAUGUCAUAUGUCAAGCUCUAUGUAUGUUGCACUUUUAAAUCAUAUCCAAAUUCUUACCAACAGUAUUUAUGACUUUAUUAGAUCAUUUUCCUGAGGUGCUUGGGUCAUAAGAUCGAACCCCAUCGGUGGACCCAUUCUCUGAUUGGAAUCUAUUAAAGGCUGUGGUAUGUGCACUCUUGUUUGUAGAAAAGUGCAGAUAAAAAAUCCCUUGCUACUAAUGGUAAAAUGUAGUGGGUUUCCUUUAAGAUUAUAUGUCAAAAUUACCAAAUUAUCAAAUGUUUGACCUCUAAUAGUCGAUAAUUAAUAAAUCAAUGUGCUCUAGUUGUGUCAUGAAACAAAACAAACUUUAACUUAAUAUCCACUUGUCCUGUAGGACAUGUGCCUCUUCAUUUUAAGUUGUUGAUGAUUAGCUGACUUAUCCAGCAGGACAUAUUAUUAGAACAACUGUCCUACACCCAAAAUUUUUAUUUGAAUUAUACAAAUAUCUUUAUUUUUUAAAUAUGUAUCAUAUUUUUAAUUAAUAAAUAUAUUUUUAACAUUU